GGAUGUGGGUUUUGAACGCCCGUCUUUGUAGAGUGGCCGUAAAAGAUGGCGCCUUCACAUGUAUUGAGAUGCUGUCAGCGCGGUCUGGCUUGGAUACCGGUCAUAUUUAUCGCCUUAGUUGUAUGCUGGUCAUAUUAUGCCUACGUGGUGGAGCUUUGUAUAUGCACAAUUCCGAGUACUGGCGAAAAAAUAAUCUACUUGGUUGUGUUUCACCUCUCGUUCAUCAUGUUUGUUUGGUCUUAUUGGAAGACCAUCUUCACGAGACCAGCAAACCCAUCCAAAGAGUUUUGCUUGCCCAAAGCUGAGAAGGAGCAGUAUGAGAAAGAGGAGCGUCCAGAGACUCAGCAAGAGAUCCUGAAGAGAGUGGCCAGCGGUCUGCCGCUCUACACUCGCACUGGAGCUGGAGCCAUCCGGUACUGUGACCGCUGCCAGGUGAUCAAACCAGACAGGUGCCAUCACUGCUCUGCGUGUGACAUGUGUGUGUUAAAGAUGGAUCAUCACUGUCCGUGGGUGAACAACUGUGUGGGCUUCUCCAAUUACAAGUUCUUCAUCUUGUUCCUAGCGUACUCGCUGAUUUAUUGUUUAUUUAUCGCCGCCACUGUCCUCCAGUACUUCAUCAAGUUUUGGACAAGUGACCUGCCAGACUCUCACGCCAAAUUCCAUGUCUUAUUUCUCUUUUUUGUGGCGGCCAUGUUCUGCAUCAGCAUUCUCUCACUCUUCACUUACCACCUGUGGCUAGUAGGAAAGAACAGAUCCACCAUAGAGGCGUUCCGAGCUCCAGUGUUCAGAAACGGUCCCGAUAAAAAUGGAUUCUCGCUGGGUUUCACCAAGAACAUUGCUCAGGUGUUUGGAGACCAAAAGAAAUAUUGGCUCCUGCCGGUCUUCACCAGCCAGGGCGACGGCCUCACAUUUCCAACUCGACUGGUGGCCACUGAUCCAGAGCAGCCAACAGUAGUUGUGCAUCCUGACACCCAGAGCAAAAGUGCUGAAGAUGGAUCCAUCCAGCAGUCCAGUCCUCUGAGCGAAUCUCAGAAUCGUCUGCUCGACAACCACCUCCACACUAACGAAGAUCAGGGAUAUGCCGUGAAGUCUGAUGAAAGUGAGACCAUCACUAUUUCCAUGGAGAGCGAGUCGUAGCCAGGGCUGAUGGAGGCUGAAGAGGCCUGGUUCCUCUGUGUUCUUCAGCCUUUCGCUCCCAGGGAAACUGUGGAGGAGAAACACAGCCAUCAAAUGAGAUGCCUUAACCAACUCCUUAUCUCUGUCACCUCAGCACCACCUCCUCAUGUACGUGGAUUUUAGAGAAGCCUAGACGAGAUGCAUUUGAUCAGAACAUUCUUGUUUAGUCAUCACAGCCUGUCCUUGCAUCUACUUUUUUGCACAGUGAAACACACCUUUUCCGAAAUCCUGCACGCACCUCCCCACACUUCCAUUUCUCUGCCUGCUCGAGUCGGUGCGACUCCUGUAAAAUUGUUAGUUGUUUACCAGAAAAUGCACUACGAUUGUUAAGAGCCUUCUUUCCCAGCGCUGACGCUCUGCCCUGGGACUCCCUGGCACUUUUUGAGUAUGAUACGGCUGCUGUGGUUUGAGAUUGGGGGGGUGAUCUGAUGUUUACAUAGAGGGGAGCUGUCUAAAGAGCCAUUUACAUCUCUGGUCCAGACCCUCGUUUUUAUAUCAAUGCAGAAAUGUAUAGGAAAAGGGUUUUUGCUUUUUGAUUCCUGAUUGUAGCACAGAAUAACGAUGUUUGCCUGUCUAAGACAGAACGAUUCAUGAUGUGUGAGGUAUAAGUUGAAAGGGAAGCCAACUGAAUUUUCAAAAUUUUAGCGUAGUGCAGAGGUUGAGAUGGAAACAAAAUCAUUCAGAAUAGUUUGUUGUGAAAUGCGCCAUUCUAGAGAAACAUAACUUUUUACAGUGGUGGUGAUGGGAACCAGGGGUUGCUAUUUCUACAACAAAUAUAAGCGUUUUAUUCACUGUCCGAAACGACCAGUGAACCUGUAGGUUGCUGAGAUUUUUAUAUGUAAUGUUUAUCAUGAUGAAAUAGAAUCUGAAAUUCAAAUUCUAAUCUGAUAGAAAUGUUUUCUACAUGUACUGUUUUGCCUUAUGACAUCCUGCAGUUGUAAGACAAAAUCCUCUCUCAAAACUAGGAAAACAAAGUCUCAGGCAUCUGGUAGUGAAUUUAUAACCAUUUUCUGUUAAAACUUUGUGUUGGAACUUUUAGUUAGGUAUUAGGUUCCCACACCGUUCUGACUUGGUACGUUUCACUAGAACAUUUUGCAUCAUACCAUGAAUUACUGCUGCUGUCAGAACAAAAUCUUGUAUCUCUAAAAAAGAUUAACUUUACAGGAGAAUGAAAAACGUUCUGCUCGUAGGUAUAUUUUGUUUUUUCCAUCUGAAUUUAC